GUGCGGUGCUCUAAUAAAUAAACUAGUGAACUAUUAAUUAAGUGCUACACGUAGUAUUAGUGGUGCGUCAUUCCAGCCGGGCAUUAAAUAGCAAAUCAAAGCGCAAACCGAUUUUAAGCCAAGCGAUUUAACAAAAUCAACGUUUCAAUUGGGAAGAAAUUGGACGCACGUGAAUCUCCUCCUCCACGAACACAGCAGUCAACAGUGAACGCCUCCUCCGAUCCACCCACAAGUGUUUUAAGGGAAAUCGUUAAAACUGCCGCUCCAAAACAUUCGCUGCGAUGGCCACCUCAUCGAUACUCGCCAACACCAACAACACAAUUAACACAUCACAGGCAGCUACCUCCCCGCCGGCCACGCCCCUGAUCACUUCGACGCUGACCACGCGGAAACGAACAUACGAGACGGCCAUCGCCAUGCCCGCCUCUGCCUCCACCUCACCAUCAACGUCGCCCAUUACCACCACCACCAUUGUGGUGGAUGCCAAAGAUCAGCGCACGACUAGCCCCGGUUCUCGAUCACCCGGCAAGGCCAAGUCCAAUGGCCAGCUGGAGAGUGUCGUCGUUGAUGGCGCCGCAGAGCCCACCACCUCGGCCACCACGCUCAGGGACUGCACGCGCACCAUCUCACAGUGCGAACCAGACGAUGACGGUGAGGCUGCCGCCGCCGAGGACACUCUGCCCGCCGCUACAUCGACGGCGGAUUAUCUCAGCGGAGUGAAGCGCAAAUAUGUGCCACAGCCACAGGCGCCUCCCGUUAUAGCUGCAUCCACAUCGCAGCAGACCUUUAGCGGUACAUCUGACUUUGCGACCAUUUGCAAGCCGGCCCCGUUUUCCUGCGACGAGGAGGCUAUGGUGGAGCGAGAUCGCUGCGACUACACCUAUCGUAUCACCUACCAAAUGGCCCGCUCCGGCCAGACGAAUCGUCGUGUGCGCGUCUAUGCCGAUGGCAUCUACGACCUGUUUCAUCAGGGCCAUGCCAGGCAGCUGAUGCAGGCCAAGAACAUCUUUCCCAACGUCUAUCUAAUUGUCGGAGUGUGCAACGACGAGCUAACGCACCGCAUGAAGGGACGAACUGUGAUGAAUGGUUUUGAGCGGUACGAGGGUGUUCGUCAUUGUCGUUAUGUCGAUGAGAUUGUUCAGAAUGCUCCCUGGACACUGUCCGAUGCGUUCAUUGCUGACAACAAAAUAGAUUUUGUUGCCCAUGACGACAUUCCCUAUGGAACCCAAGGCAUGGACGAUAUCUAUGGCCCGUUAAAGGCUCGUGGAAUGUUUGUGGCCACCGAACGGACUGAGGGUGUGUCCACAUCAGACAUUGUAGCCCGAAUCGUUAAAGACUACGAUUUGUAUGUGCGUCGCAAUCUGGCACGCGGCUAUUCCGCCAAGGAGCUGAACGUUUCAUUUCUCUCCGAGAAAAAGUUCCGUCUACAGAAUAAAAUGGACGAACUGAAGUCACGGGGCAAGCGGGAGCUGACCAAAGUGAAGGGCGACCUCAUCACAAAGUGGGAGGAGAAGUCGCGCGAGUUUAUCGAUACGUUCCUGCUGCUCUUUGGCCGCGAGCGUCUGAAUCAUCUGUGGAACGAGUCAAAGGGAAAGCUGAUACAGGCCCUAAGUCCGCCCGGUAGUCCCUCUGGAUCGGUCAAUGGUGACGAGCUCGAGGGCGACGAGGACGAGGAAACAGAGUCCAGCGAUGAGUACUUGGAACUCGCGGAGUACAGUGCGGCCAGUAGUAGUUCUCUUAAUGGCAAGCAUAAGAAGAGGUCCGCUCUGGCACGUCGGAGCUACCAGGACACCUACGACGACGAUGACGAUGAUGAUGACGAUGAAACGGAGGCCGUCGAUCAGGAAGUGGAGUUUGAGAGACGCUCCGUCAAUUGAGGCGAAUGAUUUUAGAUUUUGGAACUAGCCUGAACUUUUUCUACCUCUCUUUUCCUUUCUAUGGGAUCGGAGAGGGAAACGUCCCUCCUCGCAGGCUCAUCCAGAUUCACCUCUACUUACACAUAGCUCUAAAUGGUAUCUGUAAUCCAAUUAGUCUUUAGUUUUCACUCGCACUCGCUAUCACUCGGCUAUACCUCACUCUCACUCUCAAUCCCUGAUCCCCUAUCUACCCAUCAGAUCCUUUAGCUAAUUUUAGCCAAAUGGAGUGAAGGCGCACAGCACGAUACACCAUUCACCGAUUCCCGAAUCCCGCGACUCGCAAAAUGUAUAUGGGGCUUACAUUAUUGGAACAAAAAACCAAUGCAGAAAAGACUCAUUUUUGUAUUAAGCACUCGGCCACAGAGAUUGUUGCUCGUGUGCGUGCAGCAACAGCAGAAGAGUAGUAGAAGAUACCGGAAAUAUCUAGAAAUAUUUAUAUUAAAUUAUUUCGCAUACACUAUAACUAUAAGUUAACCAACAAACAGAACACCAACAUCAUAGAGAAAACCAAAACGCAUUCAAAAACAAAAAAUAGAAACAUGAUUCAACACAUGGCAAUAUCGGAAUUAUUGCAAAUGCUUUGUUAAAUAUUUUUUGAAAAAUAAACCUUGAAUCGAAAGAAAA